UUUCCUUUUUAUUUUACAUCACGAUUAGAAAGCCAGAACCUCUUUAUUACUUGGCCAUUGGAUGUAGUUGGUGAGAUUGAUCUUAGCCAUCCAAAAUAAAGCCAGAGCCAAAAAGGCUCCACCCCUUGAAUUCAAUUCACGUGGCACUGUUGGUGGGUGGGGGUGAUUGAGCUGAAGAGUCAAGCGUCAAGAUCUCCUCCUUUGAAGCUGUAUCAAUGGCAGAGACCAAGCUAAGCUUGAAGCUGUUGAUUGAUAAAAAAGCCAAAAAAGUUCUCUUUGCUGAAGCCGGAAAGGAAUUUGUGGAUUUCCUGUUCUACCUCCUUUCCUUGCCUGCAGGUACUAUCAUCAGUCUGCUCAAAAGUGAUAAUAUGGUUGGUUGCAUAGGAAACCUGUACGACAGCCUGGAAAAUCUAAAUGAAGCUUAUCUGCAGCCCAAUGAACAUAAGAAUUUACUCUUGAAACCCUAUACGCCAGUUGUUGUUCCUCUCCUGUUGCCUGACACCAGUAAAGAUCGAGAGGAGAAACAACUUUAUGGUUGUUCCAACCAUCCUUACAUCUACGUGACAGAUCAUCGAAACAAUUCAUGUCCUCAAUGCAAACACCCAAUGUCUAAUAAAGUGACUUUUGUAAGUUCGAAUUCUCAUAAACAAGGUUCAGCAAGUGAGGGAGGUGUUGUGAAGGGCUUGGCUACAUACAUGGUAAAGGAUGAUUUAUCUGUGACGCCAAUGUCCAUGAUUUCUGGCAUUUCUCUGCUAAAUAAUUGCAAUGUUAAGGAUUUUAGUGCUCUUGAGGAAAGGAUGGUUGAGUUCAGCAUUGAUGAGGGUCUGGAGAUGUUGAAGGCUUCUCUGCAUUCAAAUACUGCUCUUACUGAUGUCUUCAUUGUGAAAAAGGAGGUCAAGGAAGUUAAAAUAGAUGAAUGAAACUAGUUGAUAUCAGGCUGCUUUUGGGAAUCUAGUCUUAAUUUUGUACAGAAAAGGUUUUUUGUUGCAAUUAAGCUUAUGUCAGUUCUUGUUUUAAGUUGAUGGAACUCCAUUUAGAGGAGCAGUUGAACUUUUCAAAAAUGGUGCAUUAUCCAACUCUCAUAAGUGUUAACUGCAACAUAAUGUAUAGUUAGUACUAUUUCAUGGAUGGUUUUCUAGUUGGGUUGAUAGUAUAUGUAGCCAUUGCUUGCAUUGCUGUGGAUGUUAGAGUUUAAUGGAAUGAACUUAAUGGUUUU